AUGUUGAUAGACGAUGAAUCUUUAUACCUAUAUAAUCUAACUCUCAAGUGUCCUACACUGACGGUUGGAUCUACCGUGGGUCGAUUUAUGGGGCAAAAAAAGUCACAAGAGAUAGUGUUUGCAAGCUCAUCGUUUCUUGAGUUAUGGAAGCCAGACCCAUCGACCGGAAAGUUACAAAAGAUAUGCCAGCAAAAUACAUUUGCUAUCAUCCAGUGUAUAGACAAGAUAAGCGACUUUGGUUCGCUGAGAGAUUUUCUUGUCGUCACUUCGGAUUCUGGUAAAUUGGUUCUUUUGUCGUUCGAUUCUGAAAAGCAGUUCUUCAUUCCUAUAAUUCAGGAACCACAUUCUAAAAAUGGUCUCCGAAGAACUUCCCCUGGAGAAUAUCUAGCCGUCGAUCCUCUUGGGAGAACUAUUAUGCUUGGAUCCAUAGAAAAAAACAAGUUGAUGUACAAAGUUCAAGCAAAUGAUGAUAAUAAACUAGAGCUUUCGUCUCCUCUUGAAGCUAUAGAAAGACAUACAUUGACAUUAAAGAUGACUGCCUUAGAAACGGAUUUCGAGGACCCAUUAUUUGUCGCCAUAGAAUGCGACUACAGCAAAUAUUCAGAGACUAGUCAGUAUGACCCUGAAAAGUCAUCCCUAUUAUUAAAUUAUUACAAGUUUGAUCAGGGAUUGAACCAUAUAGUAAAGGAAAAGAGAGAAGAUAUUCCUGGCUCAUCAAAUGAGCUUAUAGCCUUACCUGCGCAUAUCGGUGGGGUGCUUAUUACUUGUAACUCGUUUCUCAUAUACGACUGCCCAACAAAGGAGAGAAAAUACCUUCCAUUACCUAUCAGAUCAGAAUCUAGAGAAACAAUUAUUGUGAAAGGUGUUGUUCACAAGCUUAAAAAUAAGAAUUUUUUUGUUCUAUUACAAAGUUCUUUAGGUGAUUUAUUCAAACUUACCGUGGUCUUCAACAAUGAGUUAGAAACGAUCGAGGAUAUAUUAAUAACUUAUUUCGAUACUAUCCCUUUGAGCAGCGAUCUUCAUAUAUUUAAAAGUGGAUUCUUAUUUGCUGAUGUGAUUAAUGAUAAUAAAUUGUUUUACCAAUUUGAGAAACUAGGCGAUGAUGAAAAUGAAACUACAUUGCACUUCGUUCCUGAAUAUGGGAGCUUGGAAGCAAUAUCUGAUUCUUCAAAGAUAUUUGAUGUGAAGGGUUUGGAAAAUUUAGCUUUAGUUGAUAUCUUGGAAACUAUUGAUCCAAUCAUUGAUAGUUCAUUUAUAGAAUCCAGUACUUCAAAGUCAGAAGCUUUUAAGCAGUUGCUUCUAUUGUCAUCCAAAUGCAGUUUAAGCUCUAUAACUCAUGGCAUACCUACUAGCACUAUUGUCUCUUCUCCUUUGCCAUUCAAACCAACUGAUUUGCUAACCACGAAAGUGUAUGCAGACUCUAAAAAUGAUGAUUACUUGAUCAUAUCAUCAACUUUAGCAUACAAAACCUUGGUCCUUUCUAUAGGAGAAGUAGUGGAGGAGGUUAUGGAUUCUAAGUUUGUUGAUAACGAGCCAACUAUAGCUGUUCAACAGGUGGGUAGAUCUUCAGUAGUUCAAGUUUAUACUAACGGCGUCAGGCAUAUUAAGCACAAUAGUAUGGAUGAAGGAGAAAAAGAUAAAAAGGUGACUGACUGGUAUCCUCCCGCAGGUAUUAAAAUAUUACAUGCCUGCUCUAAUAAUGGGCAAAUUUUGAUUGCGUUAUCUAAUCGAGAGAUCUGUUAUUUUGCGGUUGACCCCGUUGACGACCAAUUAAUAGAGUAUCAAGAUAAACUCGAAAUGUCAGGUGCAAUAACUGCACUUGCAGUAUUUAAUGACCAAAAGUUGAGUUCAUUUGCAAUUAUUGGAUGCUCUGACGAAACAAUUCAGGUUAUUUCAUUACAGCAACACAACUGCCUCGAAAUCAUAUCUUUUCAAGUUCUUUCUGCGCCAAGUACGUCUAUUAUAAUGAUGCCAGAUCAGAAUUCUACUUCGGUUCUUAUUGGUAUGCAAAAUGGACUAUUUGUUAGAACAAGUCUUGAUGAAUUCUCAGGAAAGCUUUCAGACACUCGUGUUCGCUAUUUAGGGACUAGGCCAGUGAAGUUGUCCCUUGUCAAAACACCAGUGGGUCUUGCAACACUAGCAUUGUCUUCCAAACCAUGGAUUGGAUAUUUUGAUAAAGGGGAGUUUAAUUUAACACCAUUACUUGAUAUUGAAAUAUUUAGCGGCGCGUCUUUCGAGUCUGAGGACCUCGGUGGGACAGCUAUUGUCGGUUUACUUGGACUUAAUUUAGUGAUAUUUACGCUUGGUUCCCAGGAUGAGACUUUCAACUUCAACAACGAAUAUCACAUCAAGAAGAUCAAAUUAAGAUACAGUCCACGCAAGAUGGUCGUCGAUGAUAAGAGAAAGCUAAUUUAUGUGAUCGAAACAGAAUUUGGUACCAAAAGCCCAUACAGGGCUAGUAAUUUGGAUGCCCUUGAUCAGGAAGAUACGAUGAUUGAUAAAGAUUACUAUGACGCUUUUGGGUAUCCCAAAGCUUUAAAUUCGUCUUCAUCAUCUCUUCAAGUGGUUGAUUUUGUAAACCAAGACAUUCGACAAUCAAUAGAGUUUUCUGAUGGAGAAACUGCGAUGGCAAUUUCAUUGGUUCAAUUCAGUUCCAGUGAAAGCUAUCUUAUAAUUGGCAUGGCAAAGAAGUACACUGUGUUAUCCAAUUCUUUUGAAGAAACAUAUUUCUAUACAUUUAUGGUUCAAAAGAAUAAUAAACUACAAUUUAAACAUAAGACGGACCUUGAUAUUCUACCUAAGGUUAUUAUUCCAUUUCAAGGUAAGGUCUUGGUAGGAAUGGGCAAUCAUUUGCGUCUAUAUGACUUAGGAAAGAAGCAGUUGUUGCGAAAAAGUUCUUCAACUAUUGACCAUCUUAAAAAUAUUGUCAAAAUAGUCCAUCAAGGUGGUGAUAGAGUUGUAGUUGGAGAUUCUGAUUAUUCCACUACAUUUUUAAAAUUCGAUUCAAAGGAGAAUGAAUUCAUACCAUUUGCUGAUGAUAUUAUGAAAAGAAAAAUAACGGCACUAGCUACCCUUGAUUAUGAUACUAUAAUUGGAGGUGACAAAUUCGGUAACUUUUUCGUUUCUAGAUUACCGGAAAGAGUUUCAGAACAAAGUAAUGAAGACUGGAUCAAGUACCAAGAGCCUUUCUUAAAUGCAUCAGGCUCAAGAGUGAGGAACUUAUGUGAAUUUUUUAUUCAAGAUGUCCCAACGUCUUUAAUGAAGAGCCAGUUAGGUGCUGGUGGUGCAGAGGUUAUAAUUUAUACUGGUAUACAAGGUAGUGUGGGUGCAUUAGUGCCAAUAGCCACCAAGCAAGAGAUUGAGUUCUUAUCUGAUUUAGAAUUGUCGAUAAAACGAUACUUUGAUUACAAUUUCCAAGAUUUUGAUAAGAACAACAAUGGAUACAAUACAUUGGGAAAAGAUCAUUUGAAGUUUAGAGGGUACUAUAAUCCCGUCAAGAACGUAAUUGACGGCGAUUUAAUUGAACAAUUUUACCAGUUGCCUAUAUCUAUCAAAAUAAAGCUUGCGAACGAGUUAGAUAGAACUCCGAAGGAUAUAGAACGAAAAAUCUCCGACCUUAGAGUCAGAUCCUCUUUUUAA